AUGUCGACAACAACGGCCUCGCUCGUAGCGAGCGCAACGUCGGCGGCGGCUUCGGCGAGCACAUCUGCGGCCGCUCAUUCGCAGUCGGGAGGGAACAAGGUCGUCGGUGUGCUGUUAGCCGUCGGUUCGGGGUUACUUAUCGGCUCGAGCUUUGUAUUCAAGAAGAAGGGUCUGCUCUCGGCGCAGAGAAAGGCAAACAUGGCUGCGGGCGAGGGCGUACCGUACCUCAAGUCGCCGCUUUGGUGGUGCGGCAUGAUCAUCAUGGUCGUCGGCGAGCUCAUGAACUUGAUCGCCUACUCCUUCACGGACGCCAUUCUCGUCACGCCGAUGGGAUCAAUCGCCGUCGUAACCUCGGGCGCGCUCGCGCACUUCUUCCUCGGCGAAAAGUUGACGUUGUUCGGCUGGCUGGGGAGUACGCUCUGCAUCCUCGGCUCGGUCGUUAUCGCCGUCAACGGUCCGUCCGAACAAGGCUCGACGACGAUCCAGGCAUUCCAGUCCAAAUUCGUCUCUGUCGGCUUUCUCGUUUGGGGCGGAAUCUGUAUCGCGGCGGCGCUUGGCAUGAUCUUCUUCGUUGCACCAAGAUACGGCAAGCGAACCAUGCUCGUCUACAUCACGAUCUGCUCGCUCCUUGGCGGCCUUUCCGUCGCCUGCACGUCCGGUCUAGGUGGCGCGAUCCUGACGUCGAUCAAGGGCGACGGGUCGCAGUGGAAGCAUUGGUUCAUGUAUUUCCUCCUGGCUUUCUGCGUCGUCACCUUGCUCUCGGAGAUCGUCUACCUCAACAAAGCUCUUGCCCUCUUCAAUACAGCAAGCGUGACGCCCGUGUACUUCACCAUCUUCACCUCCUGCACGCUUAUCACGUCGAUCAUCCUCAAUAAAGGGUUCGGCGGCGCAAGUGUCGCAGCCAUCAUUACGGUCGUUCUCGGCUUUCUCGUCAUCGUAGUCGGCAUCAGUCUUCUCCAGCUGUCGAAGAUCGAUCCCGAAGAGAUUAAAGAAGGCAUGCUCGACCGCCGCUCCACCAUCCUCCUCUCCGCCUCGCGCGCCGAGAAGGACACCUCGUCCGAAAAAGCCUACAGCGUCGAAGACCCAGGCAUGGACGCCAUCCGCGGUGCAGCAGGCGCAUUGGGCUCGAUCCACCGUGCUAUCUCGAUGCGAAGCGGGAGAGGCAACCAGUCGCGGCGGACGACGGGGUCGAGCCUGGCGAAUCCGUUUGCGGACGAAGAGAUGGUCAUGAGGCGACGAGGGAGGAAUGGCGCACCCGGCGCGAUGGGGAGCGGGCCGCAUGCGGUGGGAGAGGACGGCGUCUUGCGGUACGAGCUGUACGACCAGCCGAUGCAGUUCGCCGACGAGCCGAUGCCACUCGAUGCCGCCGACAAGAUCUCGCUGCACUCGUCGCUCAAGUCGCCGUCGCUCGAAGCCGGCGGCAGGUCACGCUCCGCCUCGGCGAUCCAAUUCGCAGAGACGGACGAGGUGCAUCGAUACGCCCCGCCGAAGCGAAAGGGCAAGGCCCCAGUCGCCCAGCACCACGAGCAGCCUCGCCUCGAAGGCUCGCACGUCCACAUCCCGCACACGCUCUCUACCGGUGACAUCGCCUCGCCCGGUCUUCCUCCAUCCCGCUUCUCCUCGUCGACCAUCGCCACUCCCGACCGCGCCGACUUCUCCGCCGCCCGAAGCGGAUCGGUCUUUGCCAACUCGUCGUACGUCGACCCGUACAACGAGGAGGAGCAUGGUCGUCGCAGCGCUUCGCCUCCGCUUGGCUCGGCGACUUACCCUCGGCGACAAGGCACGAGCGACUCUGGCAGCCGCUCGCUCGCCGAACGCCUCACCUCCGUCUUUGGCUCGUCCUCGCCCGACCUCAAUGCGCGAGAGUCCUCCCAUACCGCGCAAGAUCCACCGCCGUCAGCGAGCAGGUCUCGCUUCACACUGUCGCCGUUCAGGCGCAACACGCCGCAUGACCACGAGCAAGAGCCGAGCAGCGCGAAGGAUCAUCGCGUGCCAUACCCGAAGGCGGCGAAAGGAGACGUUGAAGCGCGAGGGGAGGAGGAGGCGCUCGUGCCCGGCCGACAACGCAGCGGGUCAGUCUCGAGCGAUGAGGAAGGUGUGGACCUCGAGACGGUCGAUACGAGGGACGAGUUGUGA